GCGCUCCCUCAGUGCGCAUGUGCGGUGCAUUCUUUAGCUCCAGAUUUUCCAUUGCUAAAUUCUUCUACAUAAAGUGAUUUAACUUUAAAUUUAGAGUUAUGCGGCCUCCAAAUACCUCAUUGUUUGUCCGGAACAUCGCAGAUGAGUCCAGGCCUGAGGAUUUGCGGCGUGAGUUUGGCCGCUAUGGGCCCAUAGUAGAUGUCUACAUCCCUCUUGACUUCUAUACACGACAGCCCAGAGGAUUUGCAUACAUUCAAUUUGAAGACGUGCGCGACGCUGAGGAUGCACUCCACAGUCUGGACAGGAAGUGGGUCUGUGGCCGACAGAUCGAGAUACAGUUCGCCCAGGGUGACCGCAAAACACCAAACCAGAUGAAGUCGAAGGAGCGGCGAUCACCAGGGGGACGCUCUCCAGGACGAUCCUCUCGCUAUGACGACUAUGAUCGAGACAGUCGCCGUCGACGAUCACGCAGUCGUAGCUACGAGCGGUAUCGCUCCCGCAGCCCUUCAUAUGACCGCCACCGCCGACGCUCUCCCAGCCCCCGAGAAUCUCACCGAAGACGAAGGAGCAGAAGUCAUGAAGAUGCCGG